GGCCGCCCAGUAUCAUUCGACAGUCGCGUUUCGAGGCUGAUAGACGUGCCAGUGAGAUCCAGUGACAUGUAUCCCCAACUGGAGACGGAUGCUGAGGCCCAAGAAAAGGCAACGGCUCAGAGUCUUUUGGCCACGAGACAAACCCAAACAGAGGAUGAGAAACCCCCAGCGAUACCCAAAUGGAAGCGAUGCCUGCAUCGUCAUGUGCCGAUCACUCAAUGGCUGCCAAUGUACUCUCCCGAAUGGGGUAUCGAUGAUUUUAUAGCGGGCAUUACCCUCGGCCUAACCAUCAUACCCGAGAGCAUGGCCUGUGCGCUGCUUGCGGGUCUACCGGCACGCUAUGGCCUCUGUUCGGCCUUCAUUGGACCUUUGAUCUAUAUGGUGUUUGGUUCGAUCGAUAAGGUUAUCAUUGGACCCACAAGUCUGGUGGCAUUGGUCAGUGUACAAUUUACGGUGGGGCGACCCAUCGAGUUUGCAUUUCUGUUGACAUUUCUCAGCGGCAUUGUACAGAUCAUUAUGGGCGCUCUACGAUUAGGUUUCAUCUUUGAAUUCAUCUCAAUGCCUGUAAUCAAGGCCUUUUCCUCAGCCACUGCCAUUUUGGUGAUUGAAUCACAGCUGAAAGUAUUGCUGGGCAUCAAGUACUUAGUGGCGGGUCUCCUAAGCUCCGUCACUACCCUAAGUUCUCGCAUAGACGAAUCGAAUAUGGCUGAUCUCAUUAUGGGCGUUUGUGCUAUAGUUUUUUUGCUGUUACUCGAGCUACUUGAACGCGUGGCUUGCAAUGAAAAUCAUGGAAAAGUUCUAAGAAUUUGCUGCCGCUAUUUGUCCACCUCUAGGAAUACUCUCAUCGUGCUAAUAGCCGGCAUUGUCACCUACAUUUGGCUGCAACAAGCGGGCCAAGUGCCCUAUGCCCUGAGCCAGAAUGCUUUGGCCACGUUGCCCAACUUUACAAUUCCCAGUCUGGAGAUUGAAACGCCAGCACGAAACUACACUUUCUGGGAGAUCUUAAAGGAGCUUAAUAUGGGCAUUAUAGUCAUACCGAUUGUGGGCAUACUCACGAAUAUAUCAAUCGGAAAGUUGACACCCAAAGGCCUGGUGGACACCAAUCAAGAGCUGCUCACGGUGGGACUCUGCAACAUGUUUGGUUCCUGUGUCCAAGCCAUGCCCUCAUCGGGCGCCUUUACACGCUAUGCCAUAAGCACGGCCUGUGGCCUCAAAACCCCAAUGGCAAAUCUUUAUUUGGGUAUCAUUGUGCUGCUGGCUUUGAGCUAUCUCAGUCCGUACUUUAAUUUCAUACCGGAAGCCACACUGGCGGCCAUACUGAUAUGCUCGAUAAUCACACUGCUGGACUUUAAGCUGCCGCUGCGGCUGUGGCGUGACUCGAAGCGUGACUUUGCCACCUGGCUGCUGUGCUUUUGUGUCUGUGUGCUGUUCGGGGUGGAAGUGGGUCUGUUUGUUAGCAUUGUGGUGACAGCUUUGCAUCUGCUAUUCCUCUGGGCACGUCCCGAGGUGCGUGUAAAGAUUGAGGAGCUCGACGAGAUGCAGUACAUCCGCGUGACGCCAGGCAAUGGCAUCUACUUUCCGGCCAUCAAUUACCUGCGGGAACGUGUCCUCAAGGCCUGCACACAAGCGGAUUUUGGUAUCACUGUUGUCAUCGAUGGACACCGCAUAACGGGUCUGGAUUACACCGCCGCUCAGGGCAUAUCGAAGCUAUCGAGUGAUCUGUGCCGUCAGGCGGAUGCUGCCAGCUCGACUCUCUUGAUUUUGUAUAGAUUCCCCGAACACCUCAAGCGCCUAAUCGAUCACACGGAGAAUCUAGUGUUUUGUGAGACGGAGGACAAGGUCAGGGAGUUCUUGACACAGGAAUCCCUGCGUAAUGGUUAUAUCAAUCUCAAGGAGCACAUACGAGCUUCCAUAGAUUUGGGCUAUAAAAUAGACAUCGAUUAGGGCAACCAUCCCGCUCUUUCGCUCCUCUUUAGUUAGUCGUUUGUAUUAUUUAUUUAAGUUUACUUGGAGCUAGGGAAAUUGUCGUCUGGCAAUAAAUGGAAAUAAAAAGUGAAAGAAAAGUGGAACAAAUGCCUUGAUGGGGCAGCAAUUUAUAAAAUCCCGCAGCCACAGCGCGACCUCUGCUGGUCGCUCUGCUGAGAAAGAGAGAGAUGGCAGCACAAAAGUGUGAAAGAGAUGGAGAACGUGCAAGCAAGAGCGAGAUAGUUAGAUAGAUGCGGUGCCGCUGGCGACGCCGUCAAUGAUUGCCCAGCUAAUGGAUUUCUGUUUACUUUUUCACUUAGUUCCGGACGCCAAAAGAGGAAAGAGAAAAAUAGGCAAAGGAGUGGAGAAAGGAGGGGAGAAAGUGGGAUAGAGUGCAUACAGCAGAGAGGAGCAAACGCUGUGAAAAAUAACGCAAAAGAAAUUAGAGAGAGAAAAAAGCGAAAGCUUCUGAGCCAACUAUACAGCCUCCCACCCCCCCUCAGCCCAACCAAAAGGU